UUUCCGGCGAACUACGUGACCUUGAAGGAUCUUCAAGAAAGAUGGAUCAAACGCAAGCAAGACGAAGAAAACGAAGAGAAGCUUCGCAGGCUCCGAGCUGAAGAAGAGACCAAAAAAGCUCACAAGGAAGCGGAAGCGAAGAAUCAUCAAGCCAAAUCCGAAAACCGUACACGCUCCGCGAGAAAAUCUUACUCUUCUCCCACCGCGCCAGCCUCCCAUCCUCAAGGGCAAAAGAAACGCGCAGGCGGAGAAUGGGAGCAGAGAAAUCUGGCGAACAAAGGGAAGGCUAAUGGCUUCAAUGCAAACGAAGGGAAGGCGAAGAAGGCGAACGAAUUCAAUGCGAAUGAAGGGAAGGCGGAGAAGGCGAUCGACGCGAAAUCUGAGACAUCGAUGGCGAUCGACGGCCGGAGGAGGUCAAAGAAGCGACAAUCCGCGAGAUCUCGGAUUCGAGCGAGCGAGUCCGACUCAAUGGAGGAGAUCGCGGGUAAGAGAAAAGAGAAGGAGCGGAGGGGGUUUCAGAUUGCGCGGGAAGAUCGUGCAGAUGAGAUUCACCGCACAGUGGCGGAUCUUUGGAUCUCCCAUUCUCAAGGGCAAAAAAAUGGCGCAGGCGGAGGAUGGAAGCAGAGAAAUCUGGCGAACGAAGGGAAGGCGAAUGACUUCAAUGCGAACGAAGGGAAGGCGAAGAAGGCUAAUGAAUUCAAUGCGAAUGAAGGGAAGGCGAUCGACGCGAAAUCUGAGACAUCGCCGGCCAUCGACGGCCGGAGGAGGUCAAAGAAGCGACAAUCCGCGAUAUCUCGGAUUCCAGCGAGAGUGUCCGAUUCAAUGGUGGAGAUCGCGGGUAAGAGAAAAGAAAAGGAGCGAAACGGGUUUCAGAUUGCGCGGGGAGAUCGUACAGAGGAGAUUCGCAGAAAAGUGGCGGAUCUUUCGAUCGCCAGCGGCGGUAAUUGGCGAGGCGGAAGGAUUUCAUGGGGCGGAGAUGACAGACGGCGGCGAGGCGGUGGUACGGCGAGGUAUUCGGCCCCCGCUGCGGGUAUGGUGUGGGUGAGGAAAACGACGGAGGGUUAACGUGCUCCUGAGGUGAUUUAUCAAAUUCCAACUAAAAAUUACAAGACUGCGUAUUUGCCUUUGUAGGAAUUCUAUUUUCAAUGGAUCUGCAAUGAUUUUUUUUUUUUUUAAUAUUUAGCAA